AUAUAGCCUUCUAUCCCUUAUCGAGUCAUCUGAGCUUCUUCUUUCUUUCUUUUCUUUCAUUUUGUGCCUAAAAAUACGUCCAUGGAUUCUCCAGACAGUUUAAGCAAUGUUAGAGGUGAUUUUGAAUUCGAAGAAUUGGAAAUCACAGAGCAUGAUGGUGCCCUCCUAAGGGACUUACUCCAAGAGACGAAAAUUGAGGUUGGUGGUGAUGGAGCAGACAUUAAAGAAUCGUUGGAGGUGAAGAAUGAUUCCGAGGUGAGAGUAGAUAUGCAGGCCUUCUUCGAGCAAAACUCUACUCUCCUCCAGGAAGUUGAGGCUAUGAUGGAGGUGAAUCCAGCAUUCCCAUAUGAAGAAAUAACUCCAUGGUACGUAGAUGACAUUGCUGGGAUGGUUGAGUUCGGUGAUAUUGGAGACGCUUUACAGCUCUCCGAUGAAGAGUUCUUUUAUGGGAGCUUGUGGCAGGAUUAGCUAGAUGCAAGACAGUGAAUCUACAAGUUCAGACAUUGUACUUAAAGCAUAUUUGCACUUCGCUAUAAAAUUCGAAACUGAACGCUCCUAAGACUGGGAAUUCCAAGUUUAACCAGUAGACUGCACGCAUAUAUGCAAUUGGGAGGUGGGAGGGUAGUCGCUGGUUUUCUACAUCCUUCACAAUUGCCUUUGUAUAAUUAUUAAUGAGAACCUCUUCUGAAGAAUAAAAAAGAUAGAAGCAAGGUCUAA